CCACCAAAUAAAACACACAAACACACACACACACGCAGGACAAGGCUCACUAGUGGCCGUCGGGUGAAUGUUUACCGAACAACCAUAGAGUGGUGGUGCGGAAAGUGACAGUCACACUGGAGCCUUGGUGUAUGGUGAAACACAGGUGAUUUCUGCUUCCACGGUUGCAUUUUACAGCGGAAUGUUCACUCGAAGGGGGCAUGGGGACGUCAAGAAAUCUACACAGAAAGUUCUGGACCCAAAGAAGGAUGUUUUGACCCGACAGAAGCACCUGCGGGCGCUGAUAGACAUCAUUGACAAGAGUGAACUAAAGGCAUUCUUUGAAAGCAACUGCUCACAGAUUUAUUUUAUCUUCUAUGAAAAUUUCAUUACACUGGAAAGCAGCUUAAAACAAAAAGGGAACAAGUCUCAAAGGGAAGAGCUGGACUCUAUCCUCUUUAUUUUUGAAAAAAUUCUUCAACUUCUGCCUGAGAAAAUCUACAACAGAUGGCAAUUUCACAGUAUAGGUUCUAUUCUGAAAAAACUUCUGCACACUGGAAAUUCAUUUAAAAUCCGCUGUGAGGGGAUCCGUCUCUUCCUGCUUUGGCUUCAGGCUCUACGGGACAAUUGCGCCGAGGAGCAGUUCCUUAUCUUUGCCUGUCUGGUUCCGGGAUUCCCUACUGUUCCCUCCUCCAGAGGACCCUGCACGCUUGACACCAUCAUUAACAACCCAUCUUCUAACACCCUGGAAGCCAAGGUAGUGCCUGAGGAGAUCACUCCAUUGGUUCCAGCUGUGUCUGGAGAGAAGGUUGCAGAUGACCUGACCUGUUACUUUCUUGAAACACUGCUCAAGUACAUGGUUAUCCAGGCAUCCAGUUUAGAAUGGAAGAACAAAGAGAAUGAAGACACAGGCUUCAGAUUUCUCUUCAGUCUUUUCAAGAAGUACUACCUUCCACAUCUAUUCCCCUCUUUCACCAAAUUCACAAAUCUUUAUAAGCCUUUGUUAGAACUCCCCCCGCUCAGAGCGAAACCCUUGUAUGUGCCGGUGACGAGGAACAACGAGAGCACCUUCUGCACCAGGGAUCAGUACUUGGCACCCAGGGUAGCCUUCAUCACCUGGCUGGUCACUUUCUUCCUGGAGAAGAAGUACAUCAACAGUGCUGCUGCAGCGCAGAGCGCCAAAAACGGCACUGAGGUCAUUCCCAAACUCAUCCAGACUGUCACUGCAGGCGGUAGCAGCCAGGAGAAGGAGAAAGAUAAGACUACUGAUGGGGAUACUAGCGGACCACCAGGGGACACAGAAAAGAGCCACUCUAACAGCAGCACGCUGUCUGAUCGAAGGCCCAGUGAUUCCAGUUUGUGUAGCAUUGAGGAGGAGCACAAGCAUGUCUACGACAUGGUGCACGGCAUUCUGCUGUCCACAAGGGACAAUGUUAAUUUUGUCAAUGAAGUCUUCCACCAGGCCUUCUUGUUGCCGGCUUGUGAAGCCUCAGCAACCAGGAAGGUUAUCAAAGUGUACAGAAAGUGGCUCCUGCAGGAAAAGCCCAUCUUCAUGACCGAGCCUGACCCAACUACCCAGGAAGAUGAAGUGGAUGAAAACUCAGAGCGUGUUCUCAGCACAGAUGCAAGCAUCAUGCAUGUAAAAGCGUUUGAGAGUCAUGGUCACAAACGCUCGUCAAGCUGGGGAAGGACUUACUCGUUCAGCAGUGCCAUCAAUCGGGGUUUUCUCACAGAGGAGCAGAAUAGAGACGUUAAAGCUGGCAUGCAGCCUACACUACAGGUUUUCCUGACCAACUCAUCCAAUGUGUUCCUGUUGGAGCCAUGCCAGGACGUUCCGAAACUCCUGGAAAAUCAGGUUGAAGUGUGCAAGAAUGUUCUCAGCAUCUAUCGGCACAUGAUCAUGGAGCACAGCAUGACUACACAGACAUGGGAGCAGAUGCUGCAGGUGCUACUGAAGAUCACAGAGGCAGUAAUGAAGAGGCCACAAGAAAACCAAAGAAAAGACAGCUUUGCUGAAAGUUUAGCAUCCUUACUUUUUAGGACUAUUAUUGUGGCGUGGGUUAGAGCAAACCUCAGCGUAUUUAUAUCUCGGGAGCUGUGGGACGAGCUGCUGGCAGUGCUGUCCUCUCUUACCUGCUGGGAGGAGCUGGUGAUGGAGUGGGCCAGCAUCAUGGACUCGCUGACGGCUGUGCUGGCACGCUCUGUUUAUGGCCUGGACAUGGCCAACUUGCCUUUAGACAAACUCAGCGAACAGAAGGAGAAAAAGCAGCGAGGACGUGGAGUAAUCCAGGACUCCCAGAAGGCUGCUGCAGUUGCACGCUCAUUCUCACUGAGCUGGAGAAACCACGGAGAGCAGGGUGGGCCUGUAGCCCAGGAACCCAUGAGGAUUCGCUCUGCCACUACCUCAGGAGCCCCCGGUGUGGAGAAAGCCCGGAACAAUGUCCGACAGAAGGCCUCCGCUAAGCGAAGCCAGUCCAUCAGCAACUGUGUCCAUCUUUACGAGGCUUUGCCCACUACUAAAAGUGUUCCUAUGCUGCUCCACACUGUGAGCUCUUUCUUGCCUGGUAUCUCUUCUGGUAAUUCUGCUUGCUCUCAUAGACUCUCAGAUGUGGAAGAAUGUCAGCUCUCAGAAUGUGGAGGAGAAGAGGAGAUGGGGGGCAGGGAGAGUCCUCUGCAGCGGAGCAGCAGCACCUCAGACAUCACCCAGCAGCUGUCUGACACUUUACCAGCCCAGAAGAGAGACUACUCCCCCACUUCUUGUGGUUCUGAGGGCAGGACUGAGAGCAAUGAGCCACCAGUGAUAUUGAUCCUACGGAGUAGCAGUCCAGCUGAGACAGAGUCAAGCACUGACGGACCCCCAAUCUACACAAGACACAAACUCAGAGAUAAAAGUGAAAGUGUGAGUAGCGAGACAUCCAACGGCUACCUCAAUGAGGCUGAAGUUACGUGGCAAACAUUCGAUGAGGAGGCCGACACUCAGUCCACGCAGUCGGCUCACAUGGACGUUACAGCUGACCCCCAGAAUCAAGGGAGUUUGCUGCUCAGCCACAAUGAUGCUCUAGCAGGUCCUGAGUGUGCCCUCCUUUCCCACUCUGCUCCUCCCUACCACCACAAUUACCACUACCCCCAGAAUCCCCCCUCUUCACCAGCCCUGCUGGUGCACACAGAGUGCCCGCGGGACUGUCCCCUGGAUGACACCAUGCAUCAGUCUGUCUUACACAUGCCACACCACUUGGACAGCAGUGAGUGUCUUGCCGAUGAUGUCAGCAUCAUCGCUGGGGGGACGCUGACUGGUUGGCAUCCUGAUUCUGCUUUUGUCCUGUGGAGGAGGAUUUUGGGCAUUUUGGGAGAUGUCAAUAACAUCCGAUGCCCUAAGAUCCAUGCCAAGGUUUUCUCCCAUCUCUAUGAUCUCUGGCAUAAGCUGGCCAAGAUCCGGGACAAUCUUGGGAUCAGCAUGGAUAACCAGUCCUCUCCUCCCCAGCCUGUGUUCAUCCCUCCUCUUCGAAUGCUAGCAUCAUGGCUCUUCAGGGCAACCAUGCUCCAAGCAGAAUACAAGGCUGGUAAACUGCAGGCAUACAAGCUGAUCUGUGAGAUGAUGACCAGACACCAAGAUGUUCUCCCCAACAGUGACUUCCUGGUGCACCUGUACCACGUCAUGCACAAGGGCUUCACCAGCCAUGACCAGGACAUUUUGAAUACCAUCGUCCGCUCCUGCUCGCCCCGCUUCUUCUUCCUCGGUCUACCAGGUUUCACAAUGCUGCUUGGAGAUUUUAUCACAGCUGCUGCCCGUGUUCUUUCUUCUGACUCCAAAGAGGCUCCAAGGAUAGAGGCUCAGACAAUCUUGGGCUCCCUUGUGUGUUUCCCCAACCUGUACCUCCAGAUUCCUGUUCUGCAUUGUGUGCCUGGCUCUAAUGACAUCAAUGUAGGCAAUGAAGAUAUCAAGAAUUAUCUGGUUAGGAAUCUUCUGGAUGCAGCCACAAAAGAAUAUUGUGAAGGAGCAAGGUGCAUUGCUGUAUGCAGCCUGGGCCUGUGGGUGUGUGAAGAGCUCAUGCAAAAGAACAUUCACCACCAAGUUAAAGAUGCCAUCAAUGUUCUGGGAGUAACAUUAAAGUUUGGAAACAAAGUAGUGGCCCAAGUCGCCUGUGACAUGUUUCAUCUGCUGAUUUCUCACUGGGAACAUCUCCAGCGGCUGGAUCCAACUCUUCCCAAGAAGAUAAUUGAGAUCUUUGUGGCUACAAUAGCCUUUUUGUUGCCAAGCGCAGAGCACUCGACAGUGGAAGCAGACAAAAAGAUGAUGGUUUCGCUGCUACUUUGCUUGCUGGACUGGUGUAUGGCUGUUCCCCUGAGUCUGCUGCUAGAACCCAUCACCAAGUCGUCUUUGGAGCCCCACUCACCCAUCAAGGCCCCGCUACUGGACUACAUCUACAGGGUGCUUCACUGCUGUGUGUCCGGCUCCAACCUACACACCCAGCAGAGCCACUACCUGCUCAGUCUGUCGGACUUAUCUAACGAAUACGACCUGAUGUUGGGUCAGGUGAAGAGCUUCGAGCCACCACCCUCCCAAAUGACCACAGCAGACUUUGGCAACCUGUUGACAGUAGCUGAGGAGAAGCGCCGUCGAAACAUGGAGCUCAUCCCUUUGACGGCGCGGAUGGUCAUGACUCAUCUGGUGAACCAUCUUGGCCACCAUCCCCUCAGCGGUGGCCCAGCUCUCCUUCACAGCCUUGUGAGCGAAAACCACGAUAACCCGUAUGUGGAGUCGUCCGAGCUGUCCUCUGAGGUCUUUAAAAGCCCCAACCUGCAGCUGUUCGUCUUCAACGACAGCACGCUGGUGUCCUACCUUCAGAUCCCAGCCGAGGCGCCCACCGCAGGUCAACCCCCGCACCCUUCCUCCCAAGUUCGCAUCAUCGUCAGAGACAUUUCAGGAAAGUACUCUUGGGAUGGAACGAUUCUGUACUGCACUGCGCAGGAGGACCCUGAUGUGGGUGCUUUCCAUCCAGCUGACCCGCCUCUUUCAAAAACCUCCAAUACUCACAGCAGAAACCAGCCAACCUCUCCGCUGAAAGGACAUUACAAAACUCACUGCUCUGUCUCAGACUCCCUCUCUAACUUCUGUGAAGAGGAUGAGGUCGAUGUGCUGGAUAAGCUUUUGGAGGACCUUAGCCACAGCAGCCCAGAAUGCCUUCCUCAGCCACGGCUACAGCUCAAUCAGCCAGCCCCUUCACCUCAUGGCAUGAACUUGGAACAAGAGAAAGCUAUACUGGAGGCCAUUCUCCGUCAGACUCAGCAGGAGGAGGAGCAAGUCAGGAAGUGGGAUGCCGAUGUGAGCUUUCGGGCUGCCUGCCAGAGGGAACCCUCCCACCAGGAACCAAAAGCUCCUUUUUACUUCUGCAGGCUGCUUCUUAAUGAUCUGGGCAUGAACUCAUGGGAUCGCAGAAAAAGCUUUCACUUGCUGAAGAAAAACUCUAAACUUCUAAGAGAGCUGAAGAACUUGGACUCCAGGCAGUGCCGAGAGACACACAAAAUUGCUGUGUUCUACAUCAGAGAAGGCCAGGAAGACAAGUGCUCCAUCUUGUCGAACUACGCAGGCAGCCAGGCCUAUGAAGAUUUUGUAUCUGGACUGGGAUGGGAGGUGGACCUGGCCACACACUGCGGUUUUAUGGGAGGACUCCAAAGGAAUGGCAGCACAGGUCUAACAGCUCCUUACUACGCUACCUCUACUGUAGAAGUCAUAUUCCAUGUAUCCACGCGGAUGCCGUCUGAUUCUGAUGACUGUCUCACCAAAAAGCUGCGUCACUUGGGCAACGAUGAGGUGCACAUCGUGUGGUCCGAGCACACCAGGGACUACCGUUGUGGCAUCAUCCCAACUGACUUUGGAGACGUGCUCAUUAUCAUCUACCCAAUGAAGAAUCACAUGUAUUUUAUCCAGAUCAUUAAGAAGCCUCAGGUUCCUUUCUUUGGACCUCUGUUUAAUGGCGCCAUCGUCACUGGGUCGCUGUUGCCAAGUUUGGUACGAGCCACUUGUAUCAAUGCCAGCAGAGCUGUCAAGUCCCGACUGACUCUCUACCAGAGCUUCUACGAGGAGCGAGCACUCUACUUGGAGGCCAUUGUUCAGAACCACAGAGAGGUCAUGACCUUUGAAGACUUUGCUUCGCAGGUCUUCUCUCCCUCCCCAUCCUAUUCUGCGAGCGGAACAGGAUCCCUGACUGGCAGCGUGAGCCCCGAAGGUGGAAAUCCGACAGCGGACUCGGCCGAGCAGGUGUCUCCCACCCUGCCUCGUUCCACCAAACAGAGAGUUUCGGGAAAACUCCGCAGAUCAGCGAGCGCUAUAAGCAAAUCUUCAAACUAAGCUCUUCAAUCUGUCCCCCGUCCUCAAGAGUGAAGCCUUGAAUCUGCUGUGGAAGAACCUCAAACACCCUGCCGGGACUGCAAGAUUGUUAUAUUUUUGUCGUUUUUAUUUUUAUUUUUGUGUCGUAUAAACAUUAAUUUGAGCGUGGUGUCAUUUUUAAUUUAAGUGGCUAUCAAUGAUUUUUGUCUCUACAUUUCAGUUUGCUUUACUGGCUUAAUUGAGACAGGCACGAGACUAAACCAUGUUUCAUCAUAGGAAGACUUAAGAGUCUUAAUGCAAUCUGUGAUCCAAGUGUGACUUUUAUUCUAAGACUCUAGAGCUCUCUGAAAGCGCUAGAAAAACUGAUGUUCUUACUAUAGUAAGGAAAUGGGAGACUGCUUCAAGCUGUUUCAUUGUCAGAUAAUUCAACACUUUAUGUAAAGCACUGAAUGACAGUUUGUGCUAAACUUGCACAGGAGAUUGGUGUCCUUUUAGAUAUUUGUAUUUUACCUCUUUUUGCACCCGCCACUGCCUUCCUACGCCCGUGAUUCCACAUCAGGUGAGGUCUCAAGCUCUUGUCCUCCUCUGUAGCACCAUUUCAUUCAACGUUUGUGGAAGACUGAUUGCAUUUUCGGAAACUUUUCCAGGUGGAGAAGUAUGCCAUGCACUACCACACCUGGGCACAUAGUCUCUGUAGUGUCCAAGUUGUUUUUUUGUUUUUUUAUCUGUUUGCUUUCUUUUCACCCCAUCGUACAAUCGAUGGCAUCCUUCUAACUUGAAAUGAAAUUUGUUUGUUUUUUUUACCAUUCUCAUUUUCCACUUUAAAUGGAUUCCAAUAGAUUUUGUCACCAUUUGAUUUAUGCAACUCUGCUGGAAUGAGAAAAGACCACGUUUAUAAUCGUUAUAUGAUGUCAUUAACCUGGGCUUAUGUCCGGUAAUUGGAUAAGUUUCCUCCUGUCUCUUUCCUCCGCCAUCAGUUUUCCCUGUCCUGUGAUGACACUGACAUUCCAACAUUCCCAACCUACCACUGUGUUUUGCACUCGCUUAUCACUAGCAUUGAAUGUCCCUCUUUUGUUGAGUUUGUUUGGGAUUCAAGUUGCUUUCAUUUGUUUGUUGUUUUUUUCUUCUGCAUUUGCUAAAUUGAAUGAAUUGAUUAAUCAUUUUGUUGUAAUAUGAAUCCUGUGCUGUUUAGAGGAAAAAAACGCCAGACCCUCAGGUGAAACCUUACUCCAUGCACUGGUGUGGGUGUAUAUAUACAGUAUGUGUGAUGUAUGUGAUAGUCUAGUGUUUUCAUGUACUCGAGUCUCUCUUAUGAAGCUUCUCACAAUACCUGUGUAAUAAGAAAUGCCGAUAGAUCUAGAGAUGCACCAACAUGAGCUUUGUGGCUGAUUUUAUCACAUCCAGAUUUUUCUUCAAGAUCUAUGAUACAAUAGCCUUCAAAGUAUUUUUUAUAUUCUUCCGACUUUGACUGGUUGCUGUAAAACAGGUUUGAGGUUUGUUUUUGUUUUUUUAGAAAGGCCAAAUGAUUGAGUUGACAUUUAAAACUGGCUUUUCAGACUUAAAUUAGCACAGUUGGUACAACUAAAAUAACUAAAACAACAGACCCCAUGCAUAUUUCAAGAUAAUGUAGAUCCUUAAUGAUAUACGUCUGUUUCUUGAGAAUUGGAUUAUGUUUUACAAAUUUUUUUGAAGGAAAAGUUAAAAAUCCUGUUUUUCUCAUUUUCAUUAAUUUCAAACUGUGUGUUAAAGAGUUGCUCUUGGCUAUAGACUAAUCCGGUUCAGGUUUGAGCAGUUGUCUAUUAAUAAAGUCUAGACUCAAUAAAAACAAUUAAAUUACCCUUUAUUUAUCACCAAUGGGAUGAUUCAAAGAAGAUUUUAGCUUUAGCUUUGCUAGCAGCUAAUUAUUAGCUAGUCGCAGUGUUCUGUCAUUCCUCUUAAAUCCAUUAUAUUCAGUCUGUACCUGAGUACCUGGUUUAACACAGCUGGUUUAACCAAAUGUUAUUGGUCACCCUGACAUCUUUAUUAGGCAACUCUUUUAACACAGCAGAACUACUUCCUUUUUAACUUCAAAAUUAAAUCUGCAAACAUGCACUGGUGGACUCUUAUAGUAAUUGUUUAUUCUUCACCGUGAGAUAUUCUGAUAGCACUUGGAUAAUGCUACUUAGACUGGCUUCACUGGGAGGAGAAAUAGUGUCAUUUAAUAUCUUAAUGUCCUGCUGCAAAUACUUUCCAAGUCACCACAUCCAUGACAGAUAGUGGCUGAAAGCUCAAAAAGAUAAAACAAGCAACUUUUCUGCACUCUUGCUCUCUCUCUGCUUAAUAUAGUGGAAAGUCCCUUAUGUCUGUGCCUCCUAUGACUUCAUAACUAAAGAACUUAUUGAAAAUGGCAAACUUUGAGUCGUCUUUGUUCAGUAACAGCAUCCACACCAAAGUGUGGUGUUGCUAGAUAUGGCCCACUAGAAAAUAAGGUUACUUUUGAUGGGAUGCUUCAGCUGAAAAUUGCUGGAAAAGCUCAUUUCUUGAUGCAUCUCUAAAUUUAAGACUUCUUUUUCCACUGUGUUGAACAUCGUCUGAUCAUCUCAUUGGUAUAAUUGAUCCUUCUUCUCCAUCACCUCUAAACAACCAUGUCUUGUGCCUCCCACUAAAACAACAGAUGGACUUAGGAUUUUUUUUUUUUUUCUUAGCGUCUCUCUCCAUCUUCAUCUCAGAAUAGAGUGUAACCAACUCCUGCUCUUUCCCAUGAUCCUCUCUGUCUCCAUGUGUCCUCCUGAGGCCCCGGCUGCUUAGGAGGGGGUUGAGUUUGGGUUUAGGUGGCGUGCCAGAGCUGAACUCUCACCAGACCUCUUAGCAACAGCCAGGCCAGCAGCACUCAACCUGCACGCUCAUGGUUGUCAUGGCAGCCAGGUGUCCAACCCCCAUCCCCACUCCUCUUUCCCCUCCACCCUCCAACACUCACACUGUACACUCACACUUUCUGAGAGCUCCACCCAAGCUGCAACACUAUCCCCAUCUGUUGCACUACUAUGCCUUACCGUCUUUCUCCAAGAUCUCACAUCCUUUUGUUUGCUCAUUCCUACAGCAGAAUAUGGGGAAUCCAAACAUCAGGGGGUCUCGCAGAAAUGUUGUUGUGCUUUUUAUUUGGUUGUCUUUUUGAAGAAUGUAUGAACAUAUAGGCCUGGAUCGCAACUGUGGUUUUUGUUUUUUUCCCCCCAAAGUCUCUCGAAGGAAAAACCGGCUAUGUGGAUCUAAAGAUUGUAGCUUGUAGAAUAAUGUGUUUUGAAGGGAUGUUUUACUCCUCUUUUAGUGGCUUAGUCGCUGGAGGUGUUCGGACCAAGAUUGUGUGACUUAUAUUUGUGAAGAAAAUGAGUUAGUCCUUAGAUGUGUUAUUUUUCUCUUCUCGUUUUAGAAAUCCUUGUACAUUGUGUCAAUUUCAGGGGCCUCAUUGCCCUCUUAAUAUAAAUAUAUUAAUGCCUGUAAUAUAAUCUUUGUAUAAGAAAGCAAAAAAAAAAGCUUGAAAUUUUCAUCAUUUGUCAACAUAUCAAAACUGUUUUUAAUGACCAAGGUCCUGCUAUCUUCACUGGAAAUGUGAAAAUUGAAACAUUUCAUUAAAUCGUUUUUAAAAUUCUA